AUGGUUGCUGAUUUUGCAAAGUUAAUGGUUAAUCGAUUUCAGAUGAGUAUGAAUCAUGAAAUGAGCUUCUUCCUCACACUACAAAUUAAACAUACAAACAAAGGAAUCUUCUUUCAUCAAGAGAAAUUCAUUUCCGAACUUCUUAAGAAAUAUUCAAUGGACACCUGUGCCUCUGCAAAGGUUCCAAUGCGUUUCGGACACAAGAUCUUCUUCGAACCCUCAGGUGUUGCCGUUGAUAAGAAGAAGUAUAGGGGAAUGAUCAGAUUGCUACUCUACCUCACUACAAGUCGUUCAGACAUCAUGUUCUCUACAUGUCUGUGUGCUAGAUUACUAGUUAAUCCAAAGAUGUCUCAUCUUUUGACUAUCAAGAAAAUCUUCUGA